UACCCCGUUGCGACCAAGAUAGAUCACGCAGCAUCUCUAGACGCGUGAAUCCGAAGAGGAAAGUAGCCAGUCACGGAUUGCUGUGCUAUGGCGAUAUGAUACUCGGCCCACAGACCGAGACAAUAGCAUCGUACGCUGCGUACGGUCUUUCUUCCAGGCGCAACGUUAGCAACGGUGUCCUCGUACGCCGCCAUGCCGCGACGUCCACAACAGCCGUUUCUAAGCACGAAAAAUAACGGCCCGCGUUCGGUCGCACGAAACCCGCAGCGCUCUGUCCCGUACCCCGCUGUAGGAAUCUGGUUGGGGCGGAGAAAGUGAGAAGGCGGAGAUAGGAAUAUAGGAGUUUACGGGUGCAGAACACCCAUGGUAAGAAGGGAUAUACAGAGAGUAAGACAGGGACAAGACGAAAAGAUUAUGAGCGUGCGAUUAGAUGAUAAUGUUGCUGAUGAUGAUCAUGGGGCGGCUAUAAGUUACACACAAACCUUGGGGUAAGGGGUCUUCGGCGCAAUUCAAGGCAGCCCUGCGAAGCAGAUACGUGGACUGCAACUGCUGCCCCAACACUGAACCAACCUUAUCUCAGCUUAUCUCAGCUUAUCUCAGCUUGCAUACGACGCCUAUAUUCAGGCACCCCUGCGUCUGCGCUGUUCCGACACUGCUGCACGAUUUCGGGAAACGGGGGACUAUGUCGUUCCCCCGCUCCCCGCCCUGGUGGCACAGCUCGCAACAUGUUGCGGAACACUUCGCACAGUGCACUCCUGGCAUUCCACAACGUAUGCUACGUUUGGGGGCAUGAUUCUGGGGCCAGAAAUCACGCUUCCUGGCGUCCUACGCCUAUCACAUCAACCAACUUCACCGCCGGCUGUCGUCAUCGCUCGCCGUCGUGUUGUGAGGCGUCUAAAAAAACGCCUUCGCUAGCCGUCGCCAGCUAGCCGCGAAUCAGUCGAGCGAUAGUAGGUUUAAAUCUCACCGACAUUAGGGCACAGCGGUUUGGUUCAGGAGUUGGUUCAGGUGUUAGUUCAGGUGUUGGUUCAGGUGUUAGUUCAGGUGUUGGUUCAGGUGUUAGUUCAGGUGUUGGUUCAGGUGUUGGUUCAGGUGUUGGUUCAGGUGUAGAGUAGGCACGCCCACAGCCACUAGUCGUUUGGCAGCUUCUCGUGUGGCGUGAUACUCGAUAGUGGUGUAUCUCCCCUCAUUAGAAUUUCGCGUUGUGCUACUCGUUAGACGUGCUCAUUAGUAACGAGCUCAAUGAUUUCGGGAGAAUGAAGCCACCACCACGCGGAACGAGGAGGCCGAGAGAAAUAGCAGCAGAGGACGAGGAGGAGGGUACGAACUGUGUCGGUUGGGAAACGGCGACACUCAAGGGAGGGCGAUCAGCUCUUGAGUCGACUCAAAAGGCAACGGAAGUAACGGAAGCACUUAAGAAAGGGAAAUUAAAUAACGGAGAGGCGACCAACUCACAGGCAGGAGACGAGUCGUCACCCUCAGAAUCGGAAUCCAGCGACUCCGACUCCGCUAAUAGGGUGGACGCUGGUGGGGAUGCUGACGGAAAUGGUGACGGAAACGGUAACGGAAACGGUGACGGAAACGGUGACGGUAACGGUGACGGAAAUGGUUACAGGGAUAAAGAUAGUAACGCACGUGGAGAUGGAGCGGGAGACAUGACGGCGUACGAGCGGCUAAGAGCGGAUCGCAUGGCGAGAAACGCGGCGCUCCUAGCGGCGCUGGACGUGAAGGCUGCAGCGAGCCGGCUCCAGUCGUCCGCCUGUGUCGUCGUCGGUGGUCGCUCCACCCUUCAGGAGCGAAGACUCGUGCCAGGCACCCGGCAAUCUGUUCGGGUUCAGAAAAGACGAAGGGGAGGGGGCGGUAGUAGUGGUGAUCGGGGCAAGGGAGAGGAGGAGGUGAAGGAGGAGGAAGGGGGGGAGGGCGAGUUGGGGAAAGACGGAGACGAGGAAUACAUUCCAGAUGCCGCCAGUGACGAUGACGAUGAUGAUGAUGAUGAUGAUGAAAAACGGGAGGACGAGGAGGGGAUAAAGGAUGAGGAGGAGGAGGAGGAGGAGAAAGGUGGUGGUGAUGGCAGCAGUGCGAGGAGAAAUGGGCGGCAGGCAGGCAGAAAGAGCAGAGGAAAUGCUGUGGCUACUCACAAGCGGUGGAUGGGAUUGGAUGGUUGCGGCAGCAAAGCAGCAGCCGUCACAAUUGGGGAGGGAGAUUUGGGGGUGAAGGAGGCUAUUUUUGAGGCGCCUCAAAAAAAGGGAGAUUUGGGGGUGAAGGAUGAAGAUGAUGAGCUGCAGAUGGCCAUAGCCCUCUCGCUCUCCAUGGCCGCUUCCAGCGCUGGUGUUGGUGCUGGUAAUGAUGUCAGAGCCAGGGGGGACUCUAGUGGUGUUGGUGCUGAGCCCAGAAGGCGUUGGUUUGGUGCAACACGAGAAAGUGGGGAGGGAGGAGGAGGUGGACAGGGAGGAGGAGAAGAGAAGGGAGGAGGAGAAGAGAAGGGUGGAGGAGUAGGGAGUGGUGAGGGAGGGGGUGAGAGGGACAUCAGCAAAGACAGAAGCAGGAGAGGCAAGAGCAAGUCCAAGCGCCGUCGUAGCCCACUAAGGAAGCUCACUGAUUCUGAAGCGGAUUCCCUUUACUUCACCGUCGAUGCCAGCACCAGCGCCAGCGGUGAGGGCCGCAUAACAGCUGAUGACGUCACUAGACUGGCAGCAGUGCACUCUUUUCUGUGGAGCGAGCAGCAAAUCUCAGACAUGCUAACGCUCUUCAACCAAUCACAGGAAGAGAGUCUGGGAAUGCUGGACUUCCGGCACAUCUUGUUGCAAUGUGGACGGCUGUAAACGGGAGUUCAAGCAUGCAGUCGAGCCAUGGCUUUCUCUUGUCAUCCUCUGGUUACCACCGCCUUGCUGACAUGUGUACAAUUUAGUUUUGCGAAGGGAGUUUUUGUAAAAGCCCCAUGCCAAAAUAGCAUGGGGGUUAUCAACCUAGGACUCCACUUGAUGUAGCCCCCCACCAGACGACCUAGGGGUUGGGUUGGGACAGACGGAAUAAUUUGCGGGCAGGGCAGGGGCGAAACGGUACGGAAUACCCCGCUGAUGCAAUUGUUGGGCUGAGAAAAAGCCUUUAGGAUCCUUCCAGAGACUAAGUCCCAGUUGUAAGAGGUGCUUGAGUAAUGCAACGGAA